AUGUCUGCGACCAUGAAAGACGUCUGCGCAUUUAUAAUUUGGGCGUGUUUCUACAUUCCCGUGUUAACAGAAUGGAAUACAAAAGACUACCUUAGAAGGGAACAUACAUUAGUAAAGCCAUAUCAAGGUUCUGGAAUGUCUGUUCCAUUGUGGGACUUUGUUGGCACAACCCUUGUAACAACUUCACACAUACGACUUACUUCAGACCAUCAAAGCAAACAAGGUGCUAUUUGGAAUGCAGUGCCUUGUUUUGUGAGAAAUUGGGAGCUGCAUGUACAUUUUAAAGUCCAUGGUUCGGGAAAAAACCUUUUUGGAGAUGGAUUUGCUAUAUGGUACACCAAGGAAAGACUUGCACUUGGUCCUGUAUUUGGAAGUGCCAAUCACUUCAUUGGGUUGGGUGUGUUUAUGGAUACUUACAGCAACCAUAAUGGACCACACAAUCAUCAACACCCAUAUGUGUCUGCGAUGGUGAGCAAUGGAUCUUUACAAUAUGACCAUGAUACAGAUGGAACAAUUACACAGAUAGCGGGAUGCGAGGCUCAGUUCAGAAACAAACCCUAUGAGACUUUCGUGGCUAUUAGAUACCAAAGCAAUAUUUUAAAAGUUUCACUUGACAUAGACAAUAAAAAUGGUUGGAAAGAGUGUUUUACUGUGCCAAAUGUUAAGCUUCCAAUAGGCUAUUAUUUUGGAGUAUCAGCAGCAACAGGAGAAUUAGCAGAUAAUCAUGAUAUUUUGUCUCUGAAGCUCUAUGAUUUAGAUACUGAAGACUCGAAAGAUGAUAAUGACACACCUUACACAGGGUUACCUGAAGCUGCUCAAAUGGAAGAACCAAGAGAUCGUAUUGAUGACCAGAAGGGAGGUUAUUUACUCGGAAGUCUGACCGGCUGGAAGUUACUCAUCAUUAUCGUGCUCAUUGUGAUAGGACUUGGGGUGUGUGGCAUGGUGGCCUUCAUAAUUUUCCAGAAAAAACAGGAUUAUAGCAGGAAACGAUUUUACUGAAAACAAGAACAAUCCAUUUAUCACUAAUCAUUGUUCAUAUCAUAAAUAAUUGAUGAAUUUGCCUUUAUGUUUCAUAACCAAGAUGCAUACAGAGAAUGAGAUCACAGUUCCAUCUCAGGAUGUUUGGUAUACUGUAAAUCAGGAAACGAUGGCAAGCUUAAAAUAUUAGUGAAUUUAGCUAGACCAUAAAAAAUGCUUAUCUUUCAUAAUGCUAAAUUUAAAGAGACAUAAAAGAGAAAAGUUUGAAAAUCAUUUGGGUGAUUAACAUGAUUCUUGAUUAAACUAAGUAUAACAAAUAACAACAGUUAGUUAGCAUGCACAUUACUGAAAUUUUCUACUAAAUUCUGUCAGCUGCAUAACUUUAAAAUAUAUCAAAAGUAAUGAUCCAACUUAAGCUCCUUUUUUUUUUUUUAAAUAUCGGACAAUGUUGGCCUCACUGAAGUUUUAUGUUGCUAAUAUGUAACUUAAUUGGAUUUCACUAAAUUUUAAGAUUGCUAAUAUUUUAUGAUUUACAGUAAUAUGUUCACAGAAUUAUUAUUAAUAAUUUCUUAAAUAACAUUGCUGCAUAAUUUCCCUGGGAUACUUUCCAAAUAUCUAAGAUAAAUUUUUCAACAUAUUGGGCAAAUGAAUUGUAACCUAUUUUCAUAUAUGUUCAGGGUUUCUGCCAGAGGGUAAAACGGGUAUGAUGCCAUACCCAAAUUUCUUUGCAGAUUUUUUUUUUUUAAGUUAACCUUUUGACAAAAUUAAUUACUCUUAUCAUUACUGUAUGAUUUUCUUAACCCUAUCCCUAAAUUAACCCAUUUUCUUUCUGGGGGAUGUCCCCAAUACUGUUUGUAGUGCAUUCAAUUUCAUAGUGCCAUACUCAAAAAUGUCUUUCUGGCAGAAACACUGAUGUUUAUUAAAUUGUUGAAAUACUUUAAUCGAUUCUUUGUGAUAUAGAUAUUUUAAUUAUUGUUAAAAUGUUAGCAUCUGUUCAACAUUUUCAGGAAUAUACAAACCAUACUUUUUUUGUACCUUUCCCCAUUCUAAAAGCUUCUAUUAAAAGUUCUAAAUUUACAUGAAAACAUAUUUUAAAAUCUAUGGUAAAUCGAAGUCAGCUGAUUGUUUUGUUAUGUUAAUUAUGUUUGCAUAACCAGGGAAUUGCCUAAUCAGUUAACUCUAACUUGCACUGAGCAACGGUUCACCACAAAACUAAUUGCCGGUUCAUGUCAAUUUAGAUCUUGUUCAUGCAACGCUCAAACAAGUCUUAAUUUUGCAUAGCACAUUUUUUGUUUACACAUUAAAUUCAUUUGCAUGAUCAUAACAGGUUAUGCAAAAUUAAAAACAAUUUUAGAAUGUUUUAGUGUAAACUAUAAAUGGUUUACACCAAUUUUCAAUUCUCAAGAGACCUUUAUUUUAAAGGUAUGAAACUGACAUGCAAUCAGAAUGACGGUUCACAUGAAAUAUUGUGCCCUCAGUUUGUAAGAAAUAUUUUCUCAACAUUUAUAAAGCAUACACUGACAUUAACCUCUUCUCUAGCAUAUGGUUUGUACACUUGUAAAAAUGUUGAUACUUGUAAACAGCACCUUAUAUUUGUGAGGUAGUGCUAAAUAACUGAUGAUUCUUGUGCUUGUGUAGACAUAUCUCUUGAAAUUAUAGAAUUAUUUUAAUAAUAAGCCCAUAGGGAAUCUUUUUUUUCUGCAACUGAUUAUAGUCUGAUUAAAUUCCUUAAACCAGUGAUUUAGACAUUAAGCUUAAGCCAAUGAUUUAGAUAUUAAGCUUUUGCAUCAGAGACGGCACUAAAAGCACUCAGUCUAGUGUCUGGAUGAAGUGGUAUGGGUAGUCCUUAUCUGGACUGUUAUGUUAGCUCCAAGUAUCUAGACUGUUAAAACAUAUUUUUUCAACUAUUAUAAAUGUUGGCUCCAACCAGAGAGAACUACAGGUUUUGUCUCUGUUUGUCCGUCUGUUCAUCCAUCUGUCCAACAUAUAGUUUUCAAGACUUUUUUUUUGCAAUGCUUCAAAAUAUUAAGCUGAAUUUUGAGUUACAGAUAAAAGUUGGAUUCUAUGGAGAUUUGCUCAUUUUUUACCUUUGCUAUAAGAAAAUGUGUUGGGUCCAAUAGGGGACAUGUAUUGCUUUAGCAGUACUUUCAGGAUGCUUGUUUGUGAAGACAACAUCACUUGCCCAAGACGAAGUUGUUCAUGAGAUCAAGCACACUUGUUGGACUCACUGGUUGGACUAUAGCUAAAUGGUGUGCUGCACUUAUUGCCCAGUUUGAUAUGGGUCACAAUAGCUGCAGUUCGUUUUGAUUGAUGUUGCAUUUAUUACCUCUUUGUAUGUGACAGUUGGUUUCAAACAUGAUAUGGGAUUAGUGCCUGCUAGGAGAGUAUUUCUUUCUAUGAAAAUGAGGGUUAACUUUUGUUCUUAUUGGACAUGGGACAAGUGUGUGAUGCAGGAACUGGGUGAGGAUAAAAUUUGGCACAGCACACGCUUUUUACUUAUUAAUAUAUACUUGUGUUUUACUUAAGAUGGUUUUAAUAUUAUUAUUUUUUUCAUUGAUGAAUUGAGGCCUGCCUUAGGGGUCAAGGAUUUAUGAUAUGAGUGUGUGUUUUUGGUAUGUUAUGGGGUUCACUUUUAGUUGUACCAUGCAAUCCAUUUAGUGUUUUUGGCAUAUGUAAUGUCCAUGUUUUUGAAAAUGUUUGUCUUGCCUUUAUGAAGUAAAAAGCCGAGAUAUAGGUACUAGUAUGUUACUUUUUUGAUGGUGGCAAUGCCGUCAACGUAUGCAUUUAGCUCAACAUUAAAGUUUCAUGCUUCGCCCAUUUCUCAUAAACUACAAGCCUUGCAUCAGUGAAACUUGGUAUAUAAAUAGGUCAAUGAAUUUUUGUUUCAAUGCAUGUUAAACAAAAACUGAAAGUUAAUAAAUUAAAAGUUUAAAUGAAUUUUGUUUUUAAAGGUUAUUAUUUUUACAAACAUUUCCUUUUAACAUCUAUGGAUACAACUAUCAGUGACACUGAAUAUGUCGAUGGUAGGUGAGACAUUUAAUUCCAUGAAAUUCUUGUUUUUAUAUAUACAUAAAGGAUCCUGUAAAUAUGUGUCGAUAAACCAAUGAUCAGUUUCCUAGGAGUUGUGUUUGGCAACACUUACAAUGUACGAGUACGAAUAUUACAAAACAUGUACGAGUUGAAUAUUUAAUAUUAGCUUGUUUACCGUUGCAUUUAUUAUUCACUGAGUGACACUUGUAUAGUUAUAGGAUUUAAUCAAAGGCAUUUUCUUGAAUUAAAAUGCUUAUGUUAUGAUUGUAUAGUUUAUAUUAGUAUCAAGUAUGGUUGCUAAGUUGUCUUCCUUAUAAAUACUUACAUAUACCACAUGCCUUAGUGUGUAAUAAAUGCAUUAUUAUUAUUAUUAUUAUUAUUACUAUUGAUACGGAUUAUUGAAUGUUUGUUACUUGUAAAUCUGUAUGGUAUUUGAUCAGCUAUGGUUCUAACGUUUUGCCAGCAAUUAUGACUGACAGUAAGCCAAUGCUUUAUCCAGAAUUUUGUGACCUCAUUUCAAAUGCAGGGUCAUACAGCAGUUGACCUACAAACUGGCCCACUCAAUAUUGUUUUUAAAUAUAUACCUUUAAUUUGUUCCAAAAGUACUUUAUUCAAACUGCAUAGUCAUCACGUCCCACUUAUUUUGGCCAACCCUGGCAAUUAACCGUGGCAAUCAGCUUGGAGAUUGCUGAGGUUUUUUCAA